UCUUGCUUAUAACAGCGGCAAAGCUAACUACUCUAAGACUAACGCAAAGCACCUCACUUUUUUAUUUUAUUUUAUAUUGCCUUUCUCACACUUCUUUAUAAGUUUGGAACUUUCAGGCAACAAGGAAGAGAUCUCUGCAACUUCAACUGAGACUUUGGCAAUGGCUAGAAUAAGGAAAAGAAGCAUACAGUUAAGCAAGCUUUGCUCAUUUGCGUGUUGUCGGUCGAGUUCUCGAGACGAUCAUGCCGAAAUCGGGCAAAAAGGGUACUCAAGAGUGGUGUAUUGCAACGAACCUGAUAGUCAAGAGCAAAUUCGGCUCAGGUAUCGGGGGAAUUAUGUCUCCACUACCAAGUAUACAGCAGUUAAUUUCAUCCCAAAGUCUUUGUUUGAGCAGUUUAGGAGGGUUGCAAAUAUCUAUUUUCUUGUUGUAGCUUGUGUUUCUUUUAGUCCGUUGGCUCCGUAUUCAGCACCAAGCAUUAUUCUGCCUCUCGUUGUGGUGAUUGGAGCUACAAUGGCCAAAGAGGGUGUCGAAGAUUGGAGGCGAAACCUCCAGGAUAUAGAGGCAAACAAUCGGAAGGUUGAAGUUUACGAUAAAAGUUCAUGUUCCUUUAGACAAACCAAAUGGAAGGAUCUCCGUGUUGGUGAGCUUGUUAAGGUGUGCAAGGACGAAUAUUUUCCUGCUGAUAUACUCCUACUUUCUUCAAGCUACGAAGAUGGUGUUUGCUAUGUUGAGACAAUGAACCUUGAUGGAGAGACUAAUUUAAAGUUAAAGCAUGCUCUCAACGUAACAUACUUCCGGUCUAGUGCAGAGAGCCUCAAGGAAUUUAGAGCUGUGAUCAAGUGUGAGGAUCCAAACGAGCAUCUUUAUUCUUUCAUCGGAACAUUGUACUCUGAUUGUCAACAAUACUCACUUUCCCCACAGCAGAUCCUUUUGCGAGAUUCUAAACUGAAGAAUACUGAAUAUAUCUUCGGUGUGGUUAUUUUUACUGGACAUGACACAAAAGUAAUGCAGAAUGCAACAGAUCCUCCUUCCAAGAGGACUAAGAUUGAGAGGAGGAUGGAUAGGAUAAUAUAUGUCCUUUUCAGUGCUCUGAUUUUGGUAUCAUUCAUAGGAUCUCUGUUUUUUGGAAUUGAAACUAAUAACGAUCUUAGCGGUGGAAAUUAUACAAGGUGGUAUCUCCGACCAGAUAAAACAACUGUAUUCUUUGACCCCAGAAGACCAGCAGUGGCUGCAUUUUUGCAUUGUUUGACUGGUCUUAUGUUGUAUGGAUAUUUGAUACCCAUAUCAUUGUAUGUCUCGAUUGAGAUUUGCAAGGUUUUACAAAGCAUUUUCAUUAACCAAGAUCAGGCUAUGUAUGAUGAGGAAAUGGAUAGGCCAGCGCAUGCACGGACAUCUAAUUUGAAUGAGGAACUUGGUCAGGUCCAUACUAUACUCUCCGACAAAACUGGCACUUUGACAUGCAACUCGAUGGAGUUUGUGAAAUGUUCAAUAGCUGGUACUCUCUAUGGUCGUGGCAUGACAGAGGUUGAAAUUGCUCUGGCGAGGAAAAGAGGUGAGCAAUUGACUGAACAGGCGCCUAUUGAUGCUUCUGAAUCAAAAAAAUCCAUCAAGGGUUUCAACUUCAGAGAUGAACGUAUUAUGGAUGGGAAAUGGGUGUCUGAACCUCAAAGGGAUGUCAUACAAAGGUUCUUUCGGGUCUUAGCAACUUGCCAUACAGCAGUUCCUGAAGUAAUGGGUCCUGAUGAGAUUAUGUAUGAAGCUGAGUCACCUGAUGAAGCAGCAUUUGUCAUUGCUGCUCGAGAGGUUGGUUUUGAGUUUUUUGUAAGGAAUCCAACAAGCAUAAAAUUGCGUGAAUUAGAUCCCACGAGUGGCAUAAGAGUUGACAGAGUAUACGAGCUUCUUCAUGUUUUGGAGUUCAGUAGUGCUCGGAAAAGGAUGUCAGUAAUUGUAAAGAACCCAGAGAACCAGUUGUUGCUCCUUGUCAAGGGUGCAGACAGUGUUAUAUUUGAAAGGCUUUCGAAAGAAGGUAGGGCGUAUGAGGAACAGACCAAGGAGCAUAUUGAAAAAUAUUCUGAGGCAGGAUUACGAACCAUGGCAGUUGCAUAUCGUGAGCUUGAUGAUGAUGAGUAUAAAACUUGGGAACAAGAAUUUCUGAAGGCCAAAACUUCUGUAUCUGCUGAUCGAGAUGUUUUGAUGGAUGAAUUGGCUGGCCAAAUUGAAAGGGACUUAAUUCUUCUCGGUGCCACAGCUGUUGAAGACAAAUUACAAAAGGGGGUCCCAGACUGUAUUGACAAGCUUGCACGUGCUGGAAUCGGAAUAUGGGUCUUGACAGGCGACAAAAGGGGAACUGCUGUUAAUAUUGGGUAUGCAUGCAGUCUAAUAAGACAUGGAAUGAAACAGAUUGUGAUCACGCUAGAGUUGCUGGAAAUUUUAGCCCUGGAAAAAGAAGGGGAUAAGGAGGCCAUUGCUGAGGCUUCUCUUAAAAGUAUAAAGCUGCAAAUACGCAAGGCAAAAUCUCAAGUGACUGAAGAAAGUUCAACUGAGUUUGGCCUGAUAAUUGAUGGCAAGUCCUUGACUUAUGCUAUGGACAAGAAUCUGGUAGACAGCUUUAUGGAUCUUGCAAUGCGUUGUGCUACUGUUAUAUGCUGUCGAUCUUCACCGAAACAAAAGGCUGUUAUUACAAGACUGGUGAAAUCCGUUACGGGUAGAACAACACUAGCUAUUGGUGAUGGAGCAAACGAUGUUGGUAUGCUUCAAGAGGCUGAUAUUGGGGUAGGCAUAAGUGGAGUCGAAGGGAUGCAGGCUGUUAUGGCAAGUGAUUUUGCGAUAGCUCAAUUUCGUUUUUUGGAACGUUUAUUACUGGUGCAUGGCCAUUGGUGUUACAGGCGAAUAUCGAUGAUGAUCUGCUACUUUUUCUACAAGAACAUCACUUUUGGAUUUACCUUGUUUUGGUUCGAGGCCUACACUUCUUUCUCCGGUCAGCCUGCUUAUAACGAUUGGUACAUGUCAUGCUACAAUGUCUUCUUCACUUCGCUUCCUGUAAUCGCUCUUGGUGUUUUUGAUCAGGAUGUUUCAGCCAGACUUUGCCUCAAGCAUCCUUUAUUAUAUCAAGAGGGUGUGCGGAAUAUCCUCUUCAAUUGGCCCCGUAUUCUUGGUUGGAUGUUUAAUGGACUUCUUAGUUCCAUAAUCAUAUACUUCUUAACAACCAACUCAAUAACUGGUCCAGCAUUCCGCAAAGAUGGUCAAGUUGCCGAUUAUUCGGUUCUUGGGGUGACAAUGUAUACAUGUGUAGUUUGGACUGUAAAUUGUCAAAUGGCGUUGUCGAUCAAUUACUUCACAUGGAUCCAGCAUCUGUUCAUAUGGGGAAGCAUUGCCUUUUGGUAUAUAUUCUUGGUGGUUUAUGGUUCGAUUCCUCCGACAGUAUCUACCACAGCAUACAAGGUUUUUGUCGAAGCUUGUGCUCCGAGCAUCCUGUACUGGCUCACCACCCUUCUUGUUGUUAUUGCCGCGCUACUACCUCUACUUUCCUAUAGGGCUUUUCAGAUUCGAUUUCGACCUAUGGAACAUGAUAGAAUACAAAUACAAAGACGAAGGCCGGAAAGCACGGAAUAUGAUGCAACACAAAGAAGACUUUCGGAAAGUUCGGAGGCCCGGACUUCUAGUGAGUUGCCUUCAGAGGUUAGAAUCAGAAUAGAUAGUCUUAAGGCAAGUUCGAAGCGAAAGAACUGAUGAAAUCGGAAUGGUGCCUUGAUAUACGAAUCAGGUUGUCUUUUUUUUCUCGGCAGUUUAAGCACAGGUGCCUCAAGAAAAGUUCAAACAUCGGAAUUGCUUCUGCUGGACUCGGUGUGUAGAUUAGGGGUGUAAAGCUGAUUUAUGAAAGUCUUGUUAAUGCAUAGCUAUGCUUCAAACGCACUGACCUCACUGAUAUGUAAUUGGUUUUUUUUUUCUUAAGCUUGUCUAACUUGUGAAUUUGCAAUGGAAGGUAAGAGCAUUUUAUCCUUUUGCUAAGGGAAUGGCAAUAACAUAACAUUAUUGGGUAA